AUGCCUCUCUGGCGUAUCUUCUCCCAUCCGUCAAUUUUCAACACCUUCCAAAGAGAGGCCAUCGCAAAAGCCCUCACUGACCUCUAUGUCUCCGUUGGCCUCCCCCCCUUCUACGUCGUCGUCUUAUUCAUCGAUGUAGACGAGAAGGGCGUCUUCGUGGGAGGCGAAUCGAAAAACAACUUUGUAAGAAUAGCCGUGGAGCAGAUUGCCAGGGUGAUGAUGGGACCCGAGACCGAAGAGGGAAAAGCCAGGAGGAAAGCGUGGAUGGAUCGGAUCAAUGAGGUCUUGAAGCCCUUCAUCGUCGACAGGUCCGAGUUGGAGUGGGAACUGCACAUCUAUGAGACACCCCGUGAUCUCUGGAGAGUUCAGGGACUGGAUCCUCCACCUCCAUCCUCGGAGGCAGAAAAGAUGUGGUCGCAGAAGAACAAGGCUAUCCCAUAUUAA